AUGGAUGAACUCAAAAAAGAAACUUCAAAUCUUACUUGGUCAAUUAAAAAGCUACAAAAUGACCUAUUAAUAUUUGCUCAGGAUUCCAUAGAAACUAUUUUAGACAAAACCAAAGUGUGUGAACAAAGAGAUCAGGCACAGUGUAUAAUUGGCAAAAAAGUAGAAACUUCUGAGGGCAUAUGGUUUGGUCCAAGUAUUAAAGGUGUCCCAAUUUAUGAAGGAAUAUAUAACUAUUUGAAUGGUGGAGAAUAUGAAGGCCUAUGUUUAAAUGGUAAACGUCAUGGUCAAGGUAUUUUAAGAUAUGCCCUUGGUAACAUCGAACAAUUAAAAUCAAUAGAAGGUGAAUGGGAAGAAGAUAAUGUUAGCUUUCCAUCUGUAGUUACCUAUAAUGAUGACGUAUGUCUUAAAUUUUAA